AUGGCGACGAGAAGAAAGCAAUAUCAGGGACUAUUGCAGCAGUGGUUUAUAGAGCAAUAUCAGGGGCUGUUGCAGCAGUGGUCUGUAGAGGUUUCGGGUGAUAUGAAAAAUGAGGAGGAUGGCUUGGUGUCAAAGGAUGAGGCUGUUGGUUGUGGUUUGGGAGAGGCCCGAAUGAUGGUUUUGGGCAGGAAUGGCCUGAUGGCUGGAGCAACUGCUGUGAUUGUGGGGGAAUGGUUGGAUGAGCUGACCAGGUUGGCAUGGGUGCUUGUUUUUGGGAGUAGGGUAUCACGGUUCAGGAAGGCUAGCUUGUUGAAGGUUAGAGCUUGGCUGUGGAGGUCAAAUGGCUUUGGGGGGUGGGUGGGUGGGGCGGGCAAUGGGGCUACUACCACUGCUACUGUUGAGUUUUGCAGAAGUGAGGAUGGCCAGCUGGGUUGCUUGUCUCAUGUGAUGGUGAAGGCUAGAGGUGGUGACUUUGAUCAUUAG